CUUUUUUUUUAUUCUCUCUGUCCUAAUCCUUCAUCACUCAUCUCCUUCUCGACCGCAUAUUCAUUGACAAAUACAAUGUUGGUCCUCUACGAGACUCCUGCAGGAUAUGCUCUGUUUACCCUUCUCGAUGAGGGAAAGCUCGAGAAGCCUGAUUCCAUCUGGAAGAGCUUUGAGACUCCGGAACAGGCCAAAAAGACUGUGAAACUCCGUACUUUCAGCAAGUUCGAAAAUACAACUGAUGCUUUGUCUGCCGUCACUGCCCUAGUCGAAGGCAAGCUCUCCAAGAACUUGAAGGAGUUCUUGUCAAAGGAGAUCAGCGAGAAGGAGAUGAAGAAGGAAUCGCUUAUUGUUGGUGACGCCAAGCUUGGUGGUGCCAUUGCCAAGAAGCUCAACAUGAAGGUCAUCUCUGAUUCGACCACUCUUGAUUUGUAUCGCGGUAUCCGUACGCAAUUGGAUUCUCUUCUUUCUGGAUUGUCAUCAUCGGAUUUGUCGGCAAUGGUUUUAGGUCUGUCCCAUUCUCUUUCCCGCUAUAAACUCAAGUUCUCGCCCGACAAAGUUGAUACCAUGAUUGUUCAGGCUAUUGCUCUCUUGGAUGACCUCGAUAAGGAAUUGAACACCUAUGCUAUGCGUGUGAAGGAAUGGUAUGGUUGGCACUUCCCUGAGAUGACCAAAUUGAUUGUUGAUAACUUGGCUUACGCCAAGAUUGUGAGGAAGAUGGGCUUCCGCACCAAUUGCUCAAAGACUGAUCUUUCGGACAUUCUUCCUGAGGAGCUUGAGGAAGAGGUCAAGGAGGCCUCUGAGAUUUCCAUGGGAACUGAGAUCUCUGAGGAGGAUUUGGAAAAUAUUCAUGCACUUUGCGACCAGAUCAUCUCUAUCACUGAAUAUCGUACUCAGCUCUACGAGUAUCUUAAGAACCGAAUGAAUGCCAUUGCUCCCAACUUGACUGCCCUCGUCGGUGACCUUGUUGGUGCUCGUUUGAUUGCCCAUGCCGGUUCCUUGAUGACACUCGCAAAGCACCCUGCCUCGACUAUUCAGAUUCUUGGUGCUGAGAAGGCACUCUUCCGUGCCUUGAAGACCAAGCACGACACACCCAAAUAUGGUUUGAUCUACCACGCUUCAUUAAUCGGUCAGGCUGGUCCCAAGAUGAAGGGUAAGAUUGCCCGUAUGGUUGCUACCAAAGCUGCACUUUCUGUCAGAGUUGAUGCCCUUGGCGAGACUGACUCUCCAGAGAUUGGUAUUGAAAACCGUGGCAAGGUUGAGGCCCGCCUCCGUAUGCUCGAGGGUCGCUCUGGUAGCAACAACACAGGUGCGGACCGCAAGAAGGCAGGUGCGGCCAAGAAUCAGAAGAAACAUGAGUUUGUUGCGACUUCAUCAUACAAUACCUCUGCAGAUGUCACCAUGAAGUCUGCAUCAGAAUCAGAUAAGAAGCGCAAAGUUGAAUCAGAUGACGAAUCCAGCAACAAGAAGGCCAAGAAGGAAGAGAAGAAGGACAAGAAGGAGAAGAAGGAGAAGAAGGAUAAGGAAGAAGAAAAGGAAGAGAAGAAGGAAAAGAAGGAGAAGAAGGAUAAGAAAGAGAAGAAGGAUAAGAAGGACAAGAAAGAGAAGAAGGAGAAGAAGUAAAAAAAAAUCUACUUUGUGCACUUUUUUUUUUUUGUUAUUCUCUGCAUUAUCUCUUCUACUCUUCUAUAUAUUAGCCUCUUUUUUUAAAAAAUAUUUUCUUUCU